UUUAUCCACGCAUUUGCUCUGCUGCUCUGACUAGUGUGACGACCUACCGGGAGAGCGCGGUGAUGUUAAGAAAGUAAUCAAGAUCGCCGUUUUUUUUUUCUUCUGCUGACACUAGAGUCUCUUCAUUCGUAAGUAGGACUGUCAGAGACACGUUUUUUUCAGUUGCCAGCGUUAUAACCAACAGGACUGACUGUGCGUAAAGCAGCCGGCGCGGCUCGGAUUCACUGUGCGCUCUGCUGGCUCUGUUAGUGCUUGGAGCUCAUUGUGAGAGAAGGGACAAUACGUUGGAAUAUAUAUGUUUGGAAUUUGGCUUUUUGUCAGUUUCUCCAAUGAAAAAGAAAAUAUGCGACAAAGCUUCGCCUUAUUCAUUACCGCUUUGCUUGGGUUGUGCUCAUGUUCAAGUUUCCCAAGUAAUAUCAACAUAGGAGGUUUGUUUCCAACCGACUCCCACGAAUAUGACGUGUUCCGUUUCGCGCUCUCUCAACACAAUGCAGUUCCUAAACUGGUACCUCAAGUGGACAUGGUGGACACUGGGAGCAGCUUUGCCAUGACAUAUGCCUUUUGUUCCCAGUUCUCCAAAGGAGUCUAUGCCAUCAUUGGUCUGUAUGACAGGAAGACCAUGAAUAUGCUAAUGUCAUUCUGCGGUGCUCUGCAUGUGUGCUUCGUCACGCCCAGCUUCCCCAUCAAUACCAACAACCAGUUUGUGAUCCAGCUGAGGCCAGAGCUCCAGGAUGCUCUGAUUGCCCUUGUUGAGCACUACAAGUGGACUAAGUUCGUCUACAUGUACAGCUCGGACUCAGGUUUGACUGUGCUGCAGAAGAUCUUGGACACAGCUGCUGAGAAGACCUGGCAGGUGACAUCCAUCAACUUUGACACGCUGACGGAGGCAGCAUUCUUGAAAGCCAUCCAAGAUCUAGAGAAUAAGAAGGAGUACAAGAUCAUUCUGGAUUGUGAGCUGGAGAGACUCAAUUCCAUCUUAAACUUGAUUGCGGCUCAAAAAAAGAACUUGAAGAACUACCAUUACAUACUGGCAAACCUGGGAUUUCUUGAUCUUAAUCUCACCGAAUUCAGGAAGGGAGGAGCCAAUGUGACAGGCUUCCAGCUCAUGAACUACACAGAUCAUACUGUUAGCAGGACAAUACAGGACUGGCUGGAGUUUGACAGUAAAGACUUGAAAAGUCCCAAAAGGAGGCUGAAAUACACUGGAGCACUCACAUAUGACGGGGUGACUGUCAUGGCCACCGCCUUCCAGAACCUGAGAAACCAACGCAUUGAUAUCUCUCGUAGGGGAAAUGCAGGAGAAUGUCUUGCUAACCCACCCGCCCCGUGGGGGCAAGGCAUCGACAUUCAGAGAGCCUUACAGCAGGUACAGUUUGAAGGAUUAACAGGACACGUUCAGUUUAAUGACAAAGGACAUCGAACCAACUUCACUGUCAGCGUGAUGGAGUUUAGCCCAAGCGGACCCAAGAAAGUGGGCUACUGGAACGAGCGUGAGAAAUACGUGAACACAGCUACCUACAACAACAUACUCAAUGAAACAUUUGGACUGCAAAACAGGACCUACAUUGUCACCACCAUCCUUGAAUCUCCCUAUGUGAUGCUGAAGAAGAACCAUGAAAAGCUAGAGGGAAAUGAAAAGUAUGAGGGUUACUGUGUGGAGCUGGCUGCAGAGAUUGCCAAGCAUGUGGGCUAUUCCUACAGGCUAGAGAUCGUGGGUGAUGGAAAGUACGGAGCAAGAGACUCAGAGACAAAGAUGUGGAAUGGAAUGGUUGGAGAACUGGUGUAUGGUAAAGCAGAUGUAGCUGUGGCUCCCCUCACUAUCACUUUGGUCAGAGAGGAGGUGAUUGACUUCUCCAAGCCCUUCAUGAGCUUAGGCAUCUCCAUCAUGAUCAAGAAGCCCACCAAGUCCAAGCCAGGGGUAUUUUCCUUCCUGGACCCACUGGCCUAUGAGAUCUGGAUGUGCAUUGUGUUUGCUUACAUUGGUGUGAGUGUGGUGCUAUUCUUAGUGAGCCGCUUCAGUCCGUAUGAGUGGCACACAGAUGAUGAAGAGGAGGGAGAACAGCAAAGCCAGAAUCAGAACCAGUCGCCAUCACCAGAACCCAACCAGUCUCCCAACCAGCAUGGUCAGAAUCAGAAUCAGCGAGAAGAGAAGCAGGAGAAGCAACCAGAGCACAGCAAUGAGUUUGGGAUCUUCAACAGCCUGUGGUUUUCCCUGGGAGCCUUCAUGCAGCAAGGAUGUGAUAUUUCACCAAGAUCUCUCUCCGGUCGCAUAGUUGGAGGUGUCUGGUGGUUCUUCACUCUGAUCAUCAUAUCCUCCUACACAGCCAACCUGGCUGCCUUCCUCACAGUGGAGAGGAUGGUGUCACCCAUCGAGAGUGCCGAAGAUCUGGCUAAGCAAACAGAGAUUGCCUAUGGGACUCUGGAUGGAGGAUCCACCAAAGAGUUCUUCAGGAGAUCGAAGAUCGCAGUAUUUGAGAAGAUGUGGUCCUAUAUGAAGUUGGCAGACCCGUCUGUAUUUGUGAAGACCACAGAUGAAGGUGUCGUGUGGGUGAGAAAGUCUAAAGGGAAAUAUGCUUUUCUGCUGGAGUCCACUAUGAACGAGUACAUCGAGCAGCGCAAACCAUGUGACACCAUGAAGGUGGGAGGGAAUCUGGACUCAAAGGGCUAUGGAGUUGCCACACCCAAAGGAUCUGCCUUAAGAAACCCAGUAAACCUGGCAGUGUUAAAACUGAACGAGCAGGGCCUGUUGGACAAAUUGAAAAACAAAUGGUGGUACGACAAGGGAGAGUGUGGCAGCGGAGGAGGUGAUUCCAAGGAUAAGACCAGUGCUCUGAGCCUCAGUAAUGUGGCUGGAGUUUUCUACAUUCUGAUUGGUGGGCUGGGGCUGGCCAUGCUGGUGGCCCUGGUUGAGUUCUGUUACAAAUCCAGAAUUGAGUCUCGAAGGAUGAAGCAAAUCAUUGACGCAGCUAUGUUAAGUUCUACACUGACCAGGAUGGGUAGUGGAGGAGAGAACGGUCGUGUGAUAGCCCAUGACUUCCCCAAAGUGGCACAAACUCUGCCAUGUAUGAGCCAGGCUGCUGCCAUUGGCCUCAGCACCACAGGGAUGUAAAUGGCCAACAGCAUCUCCAAAAUCAGGGGACAUCAGAAGUCACGAGGGCUAAAAACAAACAAUAGAGGGAGUGGGAAAGAAAGUGAGAGAGCACUGCAGCAUACAGCUCACCUGCAACUGAAGAACUGCCAAAUAGAUUCAUUGACAACACUGAACUUCACAAGAAAUUAGAUAAUGAUGGAGGAAAAUUACUUUUCUAAUAAUAUGAUGUUUUUUUUUUCUGCUCCGGUGCAAUAAGGAGACCAUGUGUAAAUGUUUUGUAUGAAGCAUCAUUUUUGUGUACUUGAGAAAACUGAGAAAGCUUUUCCUCACUUUCACAAAUUAGUGACAAUUGAACUACACUGUCUCUUUAUUAUGUUGUUUUCCCCAACAUUGUAUCACAUUCAGUCAUGAUGCACUUUGCAUUGUCUUUGUUGCCUGCCUCAUGACAUAUCUUUGUUCUUUCUACAUUGUAAAAAAAAUAAUACAGGCAAAGGGAUAGUUAACCCAAAAAUGAGAAUUCUGUCAUAAUUUACUCACCCUCAUGUCGUUCCAACCCCCGUAAGACUUUCUGAUGUGGAACACAAAAGGAUAAAUUUUAAUGAACAUUCUGGUUCAUCUUCAAUACAAUGACUAAAAACAAUGUUCAUGAACGUGCAACAGACGUCAAGAUUUUCACUAAAGCAUGAUAUACAGUACAUUUCAGGUUGUUUCUCACCAAAACCUAUCAUAUGCCUUCAGAAGACUUGAAAUAUGAUACACAAACCACAUGAAUUUUACUUUCAAGAUACUUUCCUGUCCUUUUUUAAGCUUUAAAGUUGGUCCCAAUCAACUGCCAUUGUACUGAACACACAGAAAGAAAUAUUCAAAAAAAUUUCUCCAUUUGUGUUUCACAUAAGAAAAAAAGUCAUAUGUGUUUGGAACAACGUGAGGGUAGGUAUAUUAUGACAGAAUUGUAUUUUUUUUUUGUGAACUACUUUUGAGGAACUAUUUCUACUGCACCUGACCCUUAAGAACUACUUUAAUUGGUGUAACCUAAUGUAUUCUGGUUCAUUCAGUCAUAAUAAAUAACAUUUUUGACUUGUAUAAAAACCAGUUAAAUUAGACGUAAUCACAUUAAGCACAUUUUUUAGGCUACCUGACAAAUCAUUACAGUAUGUGAGGAACAUUUUACCUCAAAUUGCUAUAUAACAGAUAUUCAAAAGUAACAAAAUUACUAAAUUAACAUUUGUUUGAAAUUCUCCUCUAAAAAAAAGAAGGGAAAGUGUGCUUCAUCAGUGUGUCUACUCCGUUGUACAGUCUGCAAGUGUCUUCCGUUCCAACCGAUUUGAUUGGCGAGCCCCUCUUGGGAAGGAGAAUUCUUCUAUAUGGAGGGAGAGACUGAUUGCUAGUCCUGUCAUAGUUACUGUAGCCCAAAGUCUCACCCUUCACUUAUGAACACUUUGGAUCACUCACCUGCUCCCUGUCCAUGCUCACUGAUAGAG